AUGAAACUUAACUUGUCCAGUCCCGGAAAGCUUCCAACACUGCAGUUACACAAGAUUGUUCGAGUGCUUGGAAAACAUGACACCCAUAUAUUUACUUUCGUUGUCCCAUCUCAGCUCACUCGUGGAUUUCUUCAGUCAGUACAAUCAAAGGAGUUUUCCUAUGGCGGAUUGUCAUGGUAUGUUAAACUGGAGUAUUACAGUGACCCACUGGAUGCACAAGCAAGACGCGGUUCAUUUGUUGUGCACUAUCAGAAACAACCCUUGGGGUUUGCACUGCACUGUUGUGGUUUGUCCAACAUGAUGAAAGCACACUUGAACUACGUCCGUUUCACCAUACUUCACCAGGAACACUUCAUGCGAAACCUGACACGUGAAGAAAUUGAGCCGAAUUUCACCUCGGUCAAGCCUUCGUUUAAAGUACCUAGGUGGAUAGAGUCCGGAUACUUGACGAAGGAGCGAUAUGUUUUUGAUGAUUCAUCAUGUUUGCUGGAAGUUGAACUGCGUGGUGCAGUUACAACGUAUGAAGAACAAUUGCGUGUACCAAGAGAUCCAAGAGAAGUUUCACGGUGCAAGACACUAGAAAGUACAAGCUUUAAUUUUGCCGGGGCCGACUGGAGUUUGGUGCUUGAUUGGAAGUCCAUCCCCGAACGUACCGGCAGUUCAGAUCGAGAUUGUCGCCCCUCAUUUUUCAUACAGAGACAUAGUCGUGCCAAAAACUGGACACGAGUUCAAUACAAAACAACAAUAACUUGGCACGAGGCAGGAACAGCGAAAUCCGCUGUGAUAGAUCAGCUUAUCCCGCCAGAAAUAGGUGCCACAACGGCCCCUGUGCCGAUUGGUGAUCGUCGAUGGUUUGCAUCAAGCGGUGGACCAGUGGUCACAGCGAAACACAAAAUUAACUUGAGCGUUGAGCUUUAUAAAGCACUACAAAUAAGCCGUGUUGAUUUGAUCCCGACGGCCCCACAAGGUGGUAAAAAUUGUUCACGCGUCACGGACAACGAUGGCUUUGACUGGAUUGUAAUGAGUGACAUUUUGGGUAGUCUCGUGAAGUUACGGAUUUUCCCAGACCCCGAGAAUCUAGUUUCUCAAAAGAAAGAUGACACCGAAGGUAUGGUAGUAAACAGGUCAACUGCAUUUGCUAUUCAGCUGAUCCCCUAUGACCCAGCCCUGGAUGUCGUGAAAUCUCUCACAAACUUUUACACAAUAAACGUGCCUUUAAUCUCGAAAUCCACUACUGAUAAUCGGCUAAGUGUAUCAGAUAUCUCGCAGGACGUUGUGCUCCUGCUGGAAGUUGACAAGGUAUGCAGCACAGAGUUUGGUUACUCGCGCCCGUCGGACAAUUCAAUCACCUUACGAAUAGAAUGGCUACACGUGUGUCAACUAAAUCGGACGGAACACCGGCCGUACGAUGAACUGAUCAGUCUACAACAUUAUCAAUUAAGCCAAGAAUUUAGCUCACAAAUGCUAUCGAUGAAGCAUGCCGCUAAGGCGGCACCAACUAACACCUCACGGAAAUCGCUCACGCAAAGUGGCGAAACCUCCCCUGUUCAUCGAGCGGGUGGUCCACUGAGUGACAACUUCAGUCAGCGUCAGUCAUCCAAAACGCUUGGUAUCAGUUUUUCAAGUCCAACUCAUCAAGAUAGAAUUCGAAGUCCAUCACGAUUGCAACCGGGCAACUAUAUACACCAAACGGCACAGUUUACCAAUACCACAAACCCAGUAAAAAUAAGCACGCCACCGGUUUUCAUUAAUGGCUCCCCUCAAAGUGCCGAUAUGCGCGAACAUACUGAUAUGCUCCAAAUUGGUGCAACAUGGCGUCGACACAGUUCUUGUUUGGAGGAUGUUGGAUCGAAUGGACAGCGGACGCGUCGACGGCUACCAUCUCCGCCAUCAUCCGCUUCUCUGAGAACAAGCGAUGGGCAUUUGUCCGUAAAGAUGGAAACACAUGGCAGCAUUUCCAGUAAUCCGCGUUUGCCCUAUCGCAACUCAAUCGGUCAUCUUAAUCCCUGA